UACAAUCACAAAUAAAUAAUAUAGGUAUAUAUUAUAAAUAUCAUUCAGAUUUCAGCUGACAGGUUAACAGAUGGUACCUAAGUCAAAGCAAACUUCACUCACAUGAUAACGUCACUAUGUACCUUAUUUACUUUUGUCAAUAAUAGGUAUAUUUUUACCUCGUCGUUCUUUAUUUUCACAAGCACAUUUGAAUUGCACGUAUAGAGCCGUUCUGCUAAGAAAAGAAGAAGGAUAAUUAAAAUCGAUGCAAUAUAAUGGCAGCUGUAAUCCCUGCAUUUACGAGGCUUUCAAACAGAAUAAUAAGGAUUCUCGGAUGCAAUCCUGGACCAAUGACACUGCAGGGUACCAAUACCUAUUUAUUAGGAACAGGUAAAAACCGGAUUUUGCUUGAUACAGGCGACAAAGGCGUAAAAGAUUACCAGGAGCACCUGUCUGAUGUAGUUAGCUCUGAAAAGGUUAAUAUUGAGCACAUUGUAGUAACACACUGGCACCAUGAUCAUAUUGGAGGAGUGGAGGACUUAUAUGGAACUAUUGCAAAAACACCCAAAAUUUGGAAGCAUAGAAGAGAUCCCAUCGACAUGCCAGACAGUCAACUUCCAGACACUAUCCCACUGAACUGGCUCUCUGAUGGCCAAGAGAUCAAAGUUGAGGGUGCCACAAUUAAAGUACACCAUACACCAGGUCACACUACAGAUCAUGUUGCACUAACUUUACUGGAAGAGAACAUAUUGUUUAGUGGUGACUGUAUAUUGGGGGAGGGGACGGCAGUAUUUGAGGAUUUAUACACUUACAUGAAGAGUCUUCAGAGAAUAUUGGAUUUGAAGCCAUCUGUUAUAUAUCCAGGGCAUGGAAAUGUUGUUGAAGACCCGAUAGACAAGAUAGAGUAUUACAUAGAGCAUAGAAACAAACGGGAACAGCAAAUACUUGACACCUUAGAGAAACACGCGGGAAAACAACUCAAUGAAAUGGAUUUAGUUAAAAUAAUAUACACUGAGACGCCGGAACAACUGUGGCCAGCCGCAGCUUAUAACGUCAACCAUCAUCUCACUAAACUGACUAAAGAGAACAAAGUUAAAUGUGUUGCUGUUGAUGGGGAGAGCAGAUGGCAGUUUGUUGGUAACAAGAGUAAUUUAUAAUAGGGACUGUGUGAAGUCUUGAGGAGGAAAAACUAGAGCGAUUGGUGAAGGUUGUUCAUGGAUCUUUAAAAGACAAGGGUAGGUGAUAACAGUAUUUCACUGUUCUUGUGGGUUUAUAAAUGGUUGUUGUUGUUCUGGCGAUAUGAGUCGGUCACUAAAACAACACUCUUGAAUAACAGCAGCAAACUUUUUGCACAAAGCUGUUAAGUGGAUUUGACCACUAGGAACUUCCCGUCAGUCAGACAAGGCUAACCACAAAUCUGACUAUUAGGAAAUACUCAUUGAAAAUUGCUAAGCUAAGCCUAUGCGGAAACGUUUCUAUUCACGAUGGUAGGAACUUUUGUUUUUCUACUUUUUCCAUAAAUUAAUACUUACAAUACUAGAGAAAUUAUUAGUUAAAUAAUAACCUAUGCAAAGUUGUAAAAAAAUAAAGCAAUCUGAACUGAAGCUUUUUUAACAUAUUUUAAGUUCAAAGAGGGUCACGGACUAUUGUAGCAACUGAAAAAAGAAAAAGAUAAAUUGAUAUUAAAAUAGUAUUGAUAAGU